AUGGCGCCAAUAUUGGAGGCUUAUUCCGGAUACCUCACAGUAUCACACAUCUUACUUGCAGGAGCAUCUCUUGCCAUCAUCCUACCCCUGGGCCAGUUCAUCUACAACAUCUUCUUCCACCCCCUCGCAAGCUUUCCGGGCCCCCUGCUAUGGCGCGGCUCCAACAUACCCAAGAUGAUAUCGCAGGUCCGGGGCACCAUCCACUUCCGCAUGCUCGAGUUCCACCAGCAGUACGGCCCCGUGGUGCGCCUCGCCCCGGGGGAGCUGACCUACACCUCGGCCACGGCGGUCACGGAGAUCUACGGCAGCCGCAGCGGCGGCAGGAAGCUCAUGGGCCCGCAGUCCUCGCUCGGCGCCAACGAGAAGGCCAUGUUCGGGGCGACCAGCUUCCUCUGGCUCGAGGACCACAAGGAGCACGCGCGCCACCGCAAGGUCGUGGGGCAGAUGUUCUCCGAGUCGAGCCUCAGGGCGCAGGAGCCCCUGGUGCUCGGCUUCGCCACCCUGCUGAUGCAGCGUCUCCGCGAGAGGGCCUCGAGGGGGGAGGUCGUUGACAUGUGGGCCUGGUUCAACUUUUAUACCUUUGACAUCAUUGGUGACCUGGUAUUCGGCGAAUCUUUCGGCUGCGUGGAGCACGGCCGCUUCCACCCCUGGAUCAGCUUCAUCUUCUCCAACCUGACCAACAUGAUGUACGCGCAGAUGAUCACCACCAUGGGCUACCUCGGCAGCUUCAUCCAGGCGCUGGUGCCCAGGAGGAUCAUGGCCCAGGCGUUCGCGCACGCCCAGUCCACCCGCGAUAAGGUCGACCGGCGGCUGGCGCGCAAGGACGUCCGGCCGGACCUCAUCAGCGGCAUCUGGCACAAGAUCGGGGCGCCGGGGGGCAUCUCCCUCGAGGAGCUGUACGCCGACUCCCAGAUCAUGAUCACGGCGGGCAGCGAGACGAGCGCCACCCUCCUCGCCGUCACGGUGUACUACCUGAUGCGCUGCCCGGACAAGUUCGCUGCGCUGGCGGGGGAGGUACGCGGUGCUUUUGCCUCUGAGGGGGAACUUGUUUUCUCCGCUGUCUCGCGGCUGCCGUACCUGAACGCCGUCGUGGAGGAGUCCCUGCGCAUCCACCCGCCGCUGCCGGCUGGCAUCAAUCGCGUCGUCCCCGAGGGCGGGGCCAUCAUCGACGACCAGUUCGUUGCUGAGGGCACGGUGCUGCAGGUUCCUAGCUGGGCUGCUUUCCACCUCGAGGAGAACUUCGUGGACCCCUGGGAAUACGUGCCGGAGAGGUGGCUUGGUGAGGCGUGUCCCGCUCGGUACGCAGAUGAGAACCACGAUGUGUUCAAUCCGUUCAGCCUGGGCCAGAGAUCAUGCCUCGGGCGCUCUCUGGCGUACAUGGAGACGAAAGUCUGUAUCGCGAGGCUGGUCCUCAACUUCGACAUGGAGCUGAUGGAGGACAGCAAGGAUUGGAACAAGCAGAAGGUGUUUCUGCUGUACGAGAAGAGGCCUCUGAAUGUGAAGCUGACGGAGGUUACCAAGACUGAGAAGGAUGGACUCGUGGCGUAA